AUGGUUGGUAGCAUCGGAAAUCUAUAUGACAGUGUCGAAAACAUGAGCGAGAAUUACAUGGAAAUGGGGCAAACUAAGGAAGUUCUUUUGAAUCCAAGAGCUCCUUCUGAAAUCUCUGGCCUUCUUCCUGCGAAUGAUGAUGAUACCAACAACAAUCAUGAAGCUGGAGGAACUCUGUUUUACAAAUGCCCAAGUAACUGUACUUUUGAUGUCACUUGUGAUAGCACAACUCCUUGUUCUAACUGCAAGCGACCUAUGAACAGUCUCACACGUUAUGUUGGGAAAAAGGUGGUUGAUGACAACACUUUGAGUCAAAAUGGUUUUGUGAAAGAUGUUAUAACAUUCAUGGUAAUGGAUGAUUUGGUGAUUCAACCAAUGUCAACAAUAUCCAGCAUCACUAUGCUUAACAAGUUCAAUGUCAAAGAGGUUGGUACCUUGCAGGAGAAGAUUGUUGAGAUGGGGAUGGAUGAGGGAAUCAAGUUGCUUAAGGCUUCUCUUCAGUCUAAGACGGUUUUGACGAGUGUUUUCAUCAAGAAAGAUACUUGA